AUGUUUAAACAACGUUGUAAUAGCGAGUUCGUAGACGCCGUCGAGCACGCCGAGCACGUCGCCAAACCAAGCAACGAUGAAGCCAAGAAAAGCAACGUCAUUUGGUUGGAUGCGUUACAUCAACAGCAGCAGUCAAACGUACCGACGAAUACUCAAAAUCCGUUUCCUUCUUCCGAGACUGAAUUGACUAUGUCCUCGAAAGUUAGCCACAAUGCAACUAUUUUGCGCGAAUACUGCAAAGUCUUGGGUGAACUCGAGGACGAAUACGUGAAGGUUCAGAAAUCGAAAGAUAGAUUGACGAAAAAAUUGAGCGAUUUGCAGUCAAAGAGCUCCACGUCAGCGUUGACGGGAGGUUGUGACGAGUCGGUGUCGGAAACGCAGGAAAUGUUGUUCGUCUUGUCCAUCGGGGCGUUUAUUGGUUGGGCCGCAACGAGAAUGAUAUGUAAAGAGUAA